AUGGGUCGACGUCGCUCGAAAUGGAAAGAUAAUAACCGAUUGGAUCGUGGAACUCAAUUGUUGCAAUAUGCCAAGACGGGAAAUUGUGUUGCAUUGACAAAAGGUUUGGAAGACAUCGCACAAGAAGAACGACGCGACUUGCUACAGCUUACUCAAGAUCAUAAUGGCUCGACAGCACUGCAUCUUGCAGCGAGUGAAGGUCAGUGUGAGAUGGUUCAAAUGUUGCUAGAUCUUGGAGCUGGAGAGGUUCAUAUAGGUGGAGGACGAAAGAAAUAUGCACGUACACCUUUGCAUGAGGCUGCAAUCAAUGGACACAUGGAGAUCUGUCGUUUGUUGGUGAGUUUUGGACUUUUGGUAGACUGUCACACCACAAGAGGACGUACACCGCUGAUGUAUGCGGUAAAAGGAAACUAUGUGGAGUUAGCACGCUACUUUGUAACCGAAGCAGGUGCGAAUGUAAACGAACAGAAUGAGAUGGGUAUGACAGCACUAUAUAUUGCUUGUCAAGACGGACACGAAGAGAUGGUGAAGGUUUUGGUGCAGGAAGCAAAUGCAGAUGUGAAUUUAAGCAAUUGCACAAACCACACACCGCUACAUGAAGCAGUUGCCGGAGGAUUUACGGAGAUAGUGUACUUUAUGCUGCGCAAUGGAGCGAACAAAUACGUCGUGGACAAGAUGGGCGUAACGGUGUGGCACGAAGCGGCAGGGAAUGGAUCUCUUGACAUGCUCGAGCUGCUAGUCCAGCAUAAUGUGUCUCUCCAUCCAAAUGGUCCGGAACAAGUUGACAAGGUGAUGGCACGACAUCCGUUCCAUUAUGCGGCGGUAGAAGGCAAGCCAAAGUUUGUGCAAUCGCUGCUGGAGAAGAAGCUUGUGGAUGUCGACAUUGUCGACGUUGAUGGCUGUACAGCAAUGUACUAUGCUGCUGCAAAUGGCCACAUCGACGUCUUGAAAGUGCUGUUGUAUUUUGGUGGAGAUCCGAAUAUUGUCUCUAUCCGUCGAUCACCUUUGCAUUGCGCCGUCGAGUGGCACCGCAUCGAGUGCGUGAAACUUCUAGUCGAGCACGGCGCUGCUCUGGAUGCAGCUGAUAAGGAUGGUCUUACGCCUGUCCAGGUGGCAGUACAAAAGGGUUUUCUUGAUCUAGUGGCAAUCUUAUAG